AUGCUCACCCCUAAUGUGGUGGUUUUACUGCCUCCCGUUUGCGUUUCAAUUUAUUCGACAGGAUCGCAAUUCCUUUUAAAAAUUUGCAGAGGUGAACGGCGAUGUCUCGUGUGUAUGUUGGGAACCUGGAUCCACGAGUUUCCGAGCGAGAGCUUGAAGAUGAAUUUCGCGUCUACGGUUGUGUGGGUUGCUAGAAGGCCACCUGGUUAUGCAUUUGUUGAGUUUGAUGAUCGCAGAGAUGCACUAGAUGCUAUUCGUGCGUUGGAUGGGAAGAACGGGUGGCGUGUAGAGCUCUCCCACAAUUCAAAGGAUGGUGGAGGUGGCGGGCGUGGUGGUGGUGGCCGUGGACGUGGUGGUGGUGGUGGUGAUGACCUGAAAUGUUACGAGUGUGGUGAGCCUGGUCAUUUUGCCCGUGAAUGCCGCCUACGUGUGGGCCCACGUGGGUUAGGUAGUGGGCGGCGUCGCAGCCCUAGUCCUAGACGACGAAGAAGUCCAAGUUAUGGUCGUCGAAGUUAUAGUCCGAGAUACAGUCCACGUGGGAGAAGGUCUCCACCUCGCCGGAGCAUAUCACCUUACAGAGGACGUGCCAGCAGAUCACCACCUCCAUAUCGCCGUGCCAGGCGUGAUUCCCCAUAUGCUAACGGAGUUUAAGAUGGAAUGAAGAAGGGAUGGAUUAUGGAAGAAAGAGAAUGGAAAAAUGAUAGAUGAUGAUAUGACAUUGUGGUGUGUUUGUACCUGGCAUCCGAUGUGGUACUGCACUUUAUACCCGCGAAAAGGGGUUGCUCAUCGGCUUAGAGGUCCAUUUCUUUUCUUAAAUUGCUUUGUUUACUUUCUGUCUUGAAGUAUGAUAUUCUUAUUAAUAUUACAAUAUUUAAGUGUAUUUUGUUUCUAAACAUUUUUUUUUUAUUUUAUAUAUUUUGAGGUUUGGUUAUCGGCUGAGAACCAACCAACCAACCAACCCAACCAACGCCUUCGUCAUCAUCUUCUAGUUUGUGCUUCAUCUUAGACUACUACUACUACUACUACUCCUCUUGACAUGGUUUAGCUUCGCAUCUUCAUCUUCAUCUCUGCUUCUUUUGGGCUUCUUCUUUGAAACUGCAAAAUUUGGUUGUCAACUUUUUAGUGACACUCUGACUCUGCAACAAAGCUUCUCACGUCUUUAACACAGUCAGUUACUUGUCUUGGUUGCUGAGCUUUUGUUGUUUCUACUCGCCAAAAAGGUAAAAACAGUGACUUGUUGACUGCGCCUUAUACCUUUUUCUGCUGGGGGUGUGGGUCCUACUUUUGCUUUUGGGCUCUAAUGAAACCAGUCGCACUGUUAAUCUCGCCAACGUUUAUGGAUUAUGUUGAAUACCUCUACCUGGUUCAUAUGUUUGGUGUUUAUUUUGACCUUGUUUUCUCCCGGAAGGUCGCAUAUGUAAGUAAAGUAGUCGUGAAUAUGUUGAUAAUUAAUCCUUGAAUUCAAACUUUUUAAUUACCACAUGAUUGAGCAGGGUCCCACAAAACAUUUUUUUUUGGCGCAGACAUCUUAGUGCGUACUCAAUGGUCACUAUCUUAAAGUUUUUUGUUUUUUUUUUAUAAUGCCAAAUCCAUAUAAUCUAUCUUUAAAACCCUUAUCCAAUAA